ACAGUAGCCUUAAAUUCCGGACACACGGCUCCAAAAUAUAUCAAUAAGAAAUUGUUCUACAGUGAGUCCUCCAAGGCUAAGUCGAAAUUUGUCUGUGUUUGGGACAAUAGUGACUCAGAUCAAGACCCAGAUGACCUGGAUUUGCUGGAUAGUGAGGAUGAAUGCUUGCCACCAGAUGCAGAGGUGUCAACAGAUGAGGAGGAGGAAGCUCGGCCACCACCAAAAAAGCAAAAAUUGAACAAGAGGAAGAAAGGUAUUACUGUGGAGGAGUACCCUGAUGAAGAACUGCUUCAAGAUGAUCUUGCUUCUCAAGGAGACACCCAAUGGAAGAAUGAGGACAUCCAGACUGACCAUUUGCCUAAAUAUCAACAUCCACAACUGAUGCCUGUGAAACAAAUGGAAAAGACUAAUGUGGCCAGGGGCAAUUUUGAUUUCCAAAGCAAUGAUGAUAUCCUUCUUGUAAGAUGGAAGGACAACAAAGUUGUGACUCUAGUCACAACUGAUGUCGGAGUUUAUCCUUUGAGUCUUAUUGAAAGAUAUGACAAGGCAUCAAAGAAGAAAGACCACUUUGAGUGCCCAGGCAUCAUCAAGAACUACAAUGCAAACAUGGGAGGUAUCGACAAAAGUAACAUGUUGGUCCAUCUUUACAAAAUACCAAUGAAAUCAAAGCGUUGGUACAUGCGGCUGUUUGCUUAUGUUCUGGAUGUUGCUGUUGUGAAUGCAUGGCUUCUUUACUGUCGUGAUUGUAGGUCACUAAACAUACCAUGCACACCACUGAAGCUAUUCAGGCUUGAGAUCUCUGUCACUGCAAGAUCCAAAGGACAAAAGGCCAACUGCACCAGCAUGAGACGAAGUUGAGAUUCACCCAGUACUUCUUUAGUUGACAGUAAUGAGGAUUUGUCAAACGUUGAAUACCCAUCUGCAUUUCAGUACCAACAUGCAGAAAGGCCAGAUGACAGUGUGAGGUUGGAUAAACAGCUAGGUCACUGGCCAGUGCUAGGUAAGCUGCUUACAUGCAAGUUUUGCAGCAAAAAGAAUAAUCAUGUCACAUCCUCAUUUUUCUGUGCCACAUGUAAAGUAAAUCUGUGCAUAAAGAAGGAUAGAAAUUGUUUCAUAAAGUUUCAUUUGCAAAAGUAGUGAUGUGAAAUGAUUGUUCUUUCUCAGGGA